AUGUCGUCGAUACAUCCUCUCCUCAUAAAUCCCGCGAACAGUCUGGCUGAUAAUGUGGAUGCCCAAUUCGGCGUCAUUCCCGAAGCCGAAGGCACCUCGGAAAUCCAUGUUCCGAUGCCGCAGGCGAGGGAGCGCACCCCUCAGCGGCGGAUAAAACCACGGAAUAUUCGGACGGCCUUGAAGAAACUCUGGCUCGACGAGAUGCUCCUCACCAAACAGAUCCUGUGCCCUGUACCGGGCUGUACGAUGGUGUUCUCAACACUGCAAGGCAUACAGAACCAUUACCAGUUCUGCACCGGUCUAAACGAGUCGGGGAUCGUCCGUUGCGAGUUCUGUGGAGAGCAGUUUCUGUCUCAGAGUCUCGCCCUGGAGAUCCACAUGGCGGAGGAGCAUCGCUCGGAGAGACUAAUGUCCAUGUCCAAAACAGAUGAGCAAGUUGUAGUCAAGUCGGAAUCCGUGUCAAAAGUCAAAAAGUUCCGAGACCCGCCUGAAAUUCUUGCCAUACCCCCUACGCCUCCCCCCGAUGUGGUAAUCGAAUCUCGCCGGAGGAAUGUCGCCUACUCUCGGAACCAAGAAGAACUCAUCGAUUGUGAAGAGCUCGAAGGGGUAGUGCGUUUCCCUCUCCGCAACCUACCUAAAGGGGAGCAGGAGGACCCGUUGCAGCUGCCGGCGGUCAUGAUGAAUCUCGACAUAAAUCUCAAACCGAAACCGUUCAGUUUCGACGAUCUCGACGAAAACUCAAUGAUGGACGAUACGCUCCUUUCCGGACCUCUGAAGAUCAAGAGCGAACCAAUCGACAGUGCCGAAGACGACCCGCAGUACAUUUCCAACAUGAUCAAGAAAAUGCCGGAGCCUGAUCUCAAAACGGUGCCACCGGUCCGAAAAAGACCAAGACCGCCUCAAGGACCAGACGUCCGCUUCGUGCAGGUCAUCAUGCGGUCCAACCCGGCCGAACCGAACGCAGCGCAAUCGAUUUUCAGAGAUCCUCAGUUCAUGGAUGCUAUCGUUCAGUCGAGUCUAGGCCAGAGUGGGCAGCCCAUGAAGAAGAAGAAGAAGCGAAAACAGAAUCAGCAGCAACCCGUCUAUGUGGUGGCCAUUAACGAGGCGCAGGAGCAGCCGAUACCCUCGCACCAAGUUGUAGUUCCGAAUCCGCGACCUUUCCCCUGUCCUAGCGGUCCCGCGAAUCUCAUGAAGAAACCCGCGCGGAGUCGUAAACAAGUGUUCCCUCCCAACCCUCCGAUGGGCCUCGUACAAGUAUCGGCGUCCCUCGAUCAGGGCCAACGAUUCCUACAGACCCAUACUCUCUCGGAUAAGCCACAGGUGCGGCAAGAGGUUAUCGACAGUUUUUUCAACUCCAACCCAAGCUCCUCGAUAAUCGGCCUCAACCAGCCGUCGACGUCGUUCGUCGAGGAUUCUAGUCAACUUGUACAAAACAUGCCACAGUCAUCCCAUCAUCAGUUAGGUCAAGCCGAAUACCAUUCUCAAGAUGAUUAUCAGACGCUGCAAGUCGUCAACACGUCAGACGUCCUCAAUAUUGGCGAGCAGAAUUGCAUUAUCGUGCCGCCGGAGGCAUUCAAUCAGUUCGACGGGGCCCAGCUGAUCCUGCAGGAUGGCCAGCUGAUCGUCCAGAGUCAAAAUGGCGAGAGCUGCCAAGUCGUCUAUGAGAAUUCCACUUUCACGGAACAAGUCGAACAUGCCGAUUUCGCCAACUCGCAUAUCGAGAUGAACUCAGCGAUGGAAGGUGCGAUCUUGCCCGAACAGCAGCAGCAGCAGCAACAGGAACCGUCGAAGCAACAAGAAGAGCAUCACCAACAGCAGCAGCAGCAAUUAAUGGCGUCCGUCGAGAAUCCCGCGACCGCACCUGCCAAUGAUCAGGAGCAACAGCAGCAACAUCAGCAGCUCGUCAUGUCUCAGCAGAUGCAGAAUGCGGCAUCUGGAGAUGCAUCACUGAAAGUCGGCUUGCACGGCGGCAACUCAGUCCAACUCAGCGUGAUGGACGUUAAAGAUCCCUCUCUGGACAACACGAAACCCUCGGACUUCAAGGAUGACGCCGAUACAACAGCCACUCAAGCUGCCGAAGCUCUCCUCACACUGAGACCUCAGAGCCGGUGUAUCCCUACGUCCCCAAUGGAACUGUCCGGCGAACAACUCCUCAAGGAGAGCAAUUGCGAGGAAUCCCACGCGAGCCAAGAGGUAUUCCAAGUGGUUCCGGAACCGAGGGAGAACCUCUCAGAGAAUACGUCCUCGGACAAUAUGGUCGCGACGGCGCAAGUCACCGACAUGCAGGCUGCGACGGCAAGCAGCGGAGUUCAAGACUCGGAGAGUUUCGGCUUCAGCGGCGGUGGCGACACCGGACUCGAUCGUAAAUGA